AUGUCCAAGGCCAUUUCGUUCGGUUUCGGCAAGCCCAAAGCAGGUGCUCCUGCGAAGGGUGCUGGGCCACGGCUUCCACAGCCGAAAAAGACUCAGACUGCGCCUCUACGAGCGCAGGACUCGGACAACGAGGAAGACGACGAACCACAGCAUGAGUCAGUAACUGGCUUCUCCUCCACCGGAGCAAUUCUAAGCAAGCCUGUUCAACAGACAGAGGUGAAAAUCAUCCAAAACUCUGGUAACGGUGACUGGCGGACUCGUGGCCGCAAAAACCUGCUUCCCGAAGAAGUGCAGGCUGCACAAAAUGGCGAGGUGGUCAUGGUCGAAAGAGACGAGGUCAGCAAAGCGAGCGGCCUCCAGUACUCAGAACAGAAAGAGGUUGAUGAAGGAACUGAAAAUGCGCCUGUGCCUGGGAGCGCAGAUACAGCGAACGGACACCCUGCGAAAGAGAUGACUGAAGACGAAAUCGCCAUGGCGGCACUUCUCGGUGACAGACCGAAGAGCAACGCGAUUAUCGCUGCGCAAGCAAAUGCUCGACUUCAAGGCCAAGAUGAAACUACAGACUUCCGAGAAGACGUUGCAUCACGCCCAGAGUCAAGCACGCUCGAAGACUAUGCCGCUAUGCCCGUCGAAGAGUUUGGCCUAGCAAUGCUACGAGGUAUGGGCCAGAAGCGAAAAGCUGCAGGACAGACCAUCAAUCUAGAAAGCGAGAAGGAUGACAAUCCACGCAAGAUCCGCAAGCAAGAAGGCUUCCUCGGCAUCGGCGCAAAGGCAGCACCAGGUUCUGAUGUGGAACUGGGUGCCUGGGGCAAGGCCGACAUGCGUAAGAACAACAAGGGCCAGGGUUUCUUCACGCCACUGAUGCGUGAGAAUAAGGAGACUGGUGAGCGGAUCACAGAAGAAGAGUUCCAGAAGCGGAUCAGAGACUCCAAAAAUCAGAAGCCUGAGCAAGACUGGCGUGACCGCCGCGACCGCAAUUUGGAACGAAGUGGUCGAGACCGAGAUUCAAAGCGAGACGGGGAUCGCAAAGCGAUUACCAAUGGUGACGGGUACGACUCCUCCAGACACAGCAGUUCGUCACGACGGUACAGAGAUGAAGAAGACGAGGACAGGCACAAGUCCAGGCGGCACAAUGACGACCGUGACUCGGACGGCGUGAGAUCGAAACGAGAUCGAAGUCGGUCGCGUGAUCGCAGAAGACGGAAUGAGGAUGACUAUGAUUCCAAGCAUCGAGACAAGCACCGUAGCCGACAUCGAGAUGAUGAUCACCAUGCCUCGAGCUCGUCUCAACGAAGUCGCCAUCGUGACCGAGAGAGAGACCGCGACCGAGACUGGCAUCGAGACGAUGACAGAAAACGUCGCGACGAUAGAUAG